GCUCAUUUUUGUACGUGACAUUUUGAUUCCCAUCGUAGUGCGGUCAUUCGCCAUGGCCGCAUCCAAAGCAAGCACGCAUCUCAAAGAGAAGAGCAGCCUGGUCUCUUCGACACAUGGCGCUACCGACGACUCGCGUCGGCGACGGACCUCCAAGUCGUCGGUCCUGAGAUCUCCCGAGAGAGAGACGACUCAUCCACCGCAGCGCAAUACCUCGAUCGGAUCGAGCAGCGAUGCUGCCAGAAGAGGCAAGAGCCUCCCCCAGCAACCAUCUAGUGCCAUUUCCAACGUCAGCAGAUCGCAUCUGGCUUCGAGAAAGCCACCGGAGAAGCCCCUGUUGACAUCGCACCAGUCUCAAAGAACGCCGGUGACGAGCACCGUCAAAGACAGAGCAUCGAAGACUUCCUCCUCCAUUCCUCGGGCCACAGUAUCCUCGAAGCCAGUGAGUUCAGCAGAUAAAGCAACAAGGAGUCUCAGGAGCGGAGGGAGCCUACCAUCUGUAAGAGGGAGAAGCCCGGGGAGUGCCGUCCCCAAAAAGAAGGAACCUACUAUGGCUGUUCCAAGUACGAACGAGAAGCCAGUUAUUGUAGCUGAGCAAGAUCGAAAAGAGGCACAAAUCCAUGCCCAAGAGCACAAACCUGAACCAGUUAUUACAACCAAGAAGGGUGUAGAAGAGGCAGAAAUCCACGUCGAAGAGCACAAACAUGAACUAGUUGUUCCAGCUGAGCAAGAACAGAGAGAGCCACAGAUUCAAGUCGGAGAACUAGAUCCAAAUGAGACGCGGAUCGACAUCGAACCUACCUCGACAGGAGAUCAGCAGCCCGACGAUACCAAUGACGUCGUUGAGGAAAAAGUUGUGGAAGUCAUCGAGAAAUCUGAUUCUGGACAACAAUUGAAUGAAGAUGGAAAUGAUGAUGAUCAAGAUAAGCACAAAGAACAUGACAAUGGCAACAAGGAACUCUUGCAAAGCUCAGAAGAGAAGCCGCCUGCCGAGAUCAUUGAAGAGCCACAAGUAGAACCAUGUGAGAUUGAAACAACAAGAGCUGCCACAGAGGAGAAUGAGGCUCCAGUGGCAGAACCAAGCUCCUCUGUGUCAGAAGAGAAGAGUACUGCAGUGGCAGAACUGAGCACCGCUACGGUCAAGCCGGACAAGAAGGUCAUUGAUGAGAAAGGAGUGGAGUCGCCGACGGUGAUGACGUUCAAGAAGCCUGCGGUGAUGCAGGGGAAGAAGAAGGAGUCGCAGAUGAGCAAUGACGUGAUAGAGGAGACCAGGAGCAAGCUGUUGGAGAAGAAGAAGAGCAAGGUGAGGGCUCUGGUUGGAGCCUUUGAGACGGUCAUGUCAUUGCAGGACUCCGAAGGUCAACACGGUCAAAACCAGGAGAACAACUCAACAUAG